AUGGCUGGUCCUGGCGGCGGUCCUCCUCGUAGGAGCAAGCGUCGACACAUUCGAUGUGACGAGAACUUCCCCCAAUGCCGCAACUGCACGAAGCACAAGAUUCGCUGCCCGUACAACGAUGUCCCUGUCCCUGAGGACAGGUCUGCCACCCCUGACCGGCCUGAUCUCAUGUGGACUCCUGAAAUCGAAGCGACCAUUGAGCAAUGGCAGCGCACUGGAGUUUUCCCAUUCCCAAGCCUCAACAUCUAUCCUGCACCAAAUCCGCAGUAUCUGUCCAUUGAAGAUAUGCGCUUGAUUCACCAUGUUGCCUCUAUCAGCCACCAGCUCGGCACUGUCGACGCCAAUGGGUUCACACUUUGGACCCGCCAAAUUCCUACGAUCAUCAAGAUUGGUGCUACCCAGAGCUAUGUCAUGCAUGCUCUGCUCGCGUUCUCUGCCAUGCACAUGGCGUUCCUCACCGACUGCCCCCUGGUCGGCAAUAUGGCCUAUGAGCACCGCGGCAUUGCUUUGAAAGGAUUGCAGGAGGCCAUCGGCACUUUCUCGAGAGAAACGUCGGAUGCUGUGCUUGCGGCAUCCUUGGUGCUCUCGUGGCAAGCCACAGAUUGGCGGAGCUGGACCCAACUCAUGCAAGGAACCCGCUCAGUCAUCGAGGCCAUGGACCCCUGGAAACACGAGUCACAAUUUGGCGAUUUCAUUGCCGAGACCAACACGUUCCCAACUGCUCCACCAUCGCCUUCACCAGAUCACAGACCCAGCCAACCGCGCAAAGAGGAUAUUGAUUAUUUCCAGCGAACUCUAGCCCAGCUGCAGAAGGUGGAGGCCCACCUGAAGCAGAAUCGCGAAGAUACCAAGUCAAUUCAGCAGUUGAUGAACUUCCUGAAGGGAUCUCGCAAGGUCAGCCCCACGCUCUCUAUUGCCCAGCAAUUUGAGCGUCUUCGCCCAUUGAGGACUUGGCUGUUCUGGCUUCCGGUCAUGUAUCUGCAGCAGACCGGCGGUUCUCCAAGUGCCUUGAUCAUCAUUGCACACUACUACACAGUAGCGAUCUUGAUGGAGCGUCUCUUCCCGGAGAUUGGGGCUGCGUACUUCGGUAGUCUCUCAAUUGGGCCAGUGGAGGAAAUUGCUCGUCGCCUGCUUUCUUUCAACGUCUCUGGUGAUAUGGAGGGCGAUCUUCAGUCACCACUGCGCCUUAUGGAGUUCCCUAUCGACACGGUCAACGAGUUCCGCUCUCGCAUGGGCUGGAUUCAGCCUGCACGCACCCCAUCGUUCCCUCAGUUCAACCCGCCAAAUUUCUACACAAAUGAGGAUGUGCAGAUGCCCAUGCCCCCCACGACCUCAGAGUACCUGCCGUACGGUGACAACCCUGCCUUCAGCUAUAGCACCGAGGAUUUGUCAGUCCUGACCACCGACUCGGGUCCAAGCAGCGCGAUUAGCCCGCUUCAAUUGUCCUCCUCCUUCAACAAUCAGCAAUAUUUGGGCAUACCUAGCCCCUCUUACGGCGGGUAUAGUCCGGCUUCCAGCACAUUUGGUGAUUUUGGUGAUACCUCCUCCAUUGUUUACAGCGAUGCGGAAGAGUAUGGGUCCUUUGAUAUGGGGUUCGCCCCCAACACCCCGGCUAUGGGCGGGCCAAGCAGCUACGGCGUCGGGUUCGUCUCUCCAAUCCAGACCGUGUGGAUCUAA